UGCAUUGCGUUGUGGCAUGAAUUUACUUUGUAACGCUGUGGACUUUUGCUUUCUUGAUGGUUUAUACACCUGCCGAUUCCGUUAUGGACAUGCUCACCUUUCAAACACCAUUACACAAUGUGAGGUUUAUGAAAUCACAACUAGCAAAGACUGCCCGGAUGGAUUAUUCUUAAGAGCUCAAGGAAUAUGCAAAAUCAUGUCAGUUCUGUCUGAUCUUGCAUUGGGUAAACAUGCGGAACAGUCGUCCACACAUUUGUCCUAUGGGGCUGAAUAUGCAGUAGACGGCAACAGAGGUACAAAUAUACUCAAAGACAAGUGUGCACACACAUAUAAAGACGACACCAAUCCCUGGUGGAGGGUGGAUCUGCAGGCUGUGUAUUCCAUCAUAUCUGUCAGAAUACUCAACAGAGGUAUAGAUGAAUACGGAGAUUUUUCAUUUCGGCUACGAGAUGUAACCGUCACUGUAGGGCUGACUGAAUCAGACGUCAACACUCCCUGUGGUUUCUUUGCUGGUCCCGGUACUUUGUCACAGCUCGUCGUCAUCGACUGUCCGACAUUACCACAGGGGAGAUUCGUAAAGAUCUCCAAGACAACCAGGGCUCUCACUCUAUGCGAAGUUGACGUGUUUGGUGUAUCCGUAUAAUUAUUAUAAUAACUGAUGUUUCAAUGUAUCAUAUCAGUAAUUCUUUACACUUUAUAAUAGUUCAGAAGGAAAUAGAUUCUUUAAAGUCAGUUCGUAUUUCUCGUGACAAGAUAUUAAGAGAAAAUGUUAUUUGUUACCUAUCUCAUCAGAUUACAUAACAAAAAGACACACGAUACGGCAAUUUCUCAAAACAUCUAGCUUUAAACAGGUCCAUUCUCAAAACCGAUAGGUUUCGGUUCGUUUGAUAACAGACUGCGCACUCCCCAGAGAGCUGUUGUCAUGCAUUGAAAGAAGUACCCGUGUGUAGAAUCUCCAAGUCAGCACCAAAAGUA